CGGUUCCCGGCAUCUUUGGAGCAAGAGAGAAAUCCGCCCUCCUUUCCGUCUUCGCUUACCGGUUCCCUCGCGAGCGCUUUGGGGAGGAUAAAAAACGUCAAUUCAAAUUUAUAUCAGAAAAAUAUAAAAUCUAUAGGUACUUAAAUAGUCACGAAUCUCAAAUGAAUGAAGACAACAUUUAGUAAUACAGCAACAUUUUACUCGUGAUUUGAAUCCGACGUGGUAGGAACUAACAGUCAGAGAACUUUGCGACGCACCGGACUUACUGGUGCACAACUUCCGGUCCUGUGUCAGGUCAAGAUGCUCGCUUUGAGAGGGUUGAAGAGGAUACAUUCUGUUUUACUACAACGUGGAAACACAAGAAGCCUCACCGUGACGUCACACGUGGUCCAACACAAAGAUGACACGAAGCUUUUGGAGAUGGAGAACCCGUACAAAGAGCCACAGACAGGUUGUCUCCUCUGCAACGUCACAGUGGACUUCAAGAACACUCAGCUGCUGUCUCAGUUCGUGUCUCCUCACACGGGCAGAACCUACGGCCGACACAUCACAGGUGAGCAGCUGUCUGUGUGGGCGGAUCCCAACUCGUCUGCAGGUUUCAUGUCUGUGACCCACAAACAUCCUCAGUUCAUGAAGGAUCCCAACAUCUGUGGAAUCAAACAUCUGGAUUAGGAUGGUUUAUUAAAGCUGUCAAACCUC